AUGCCUCAAGAUGUUUCAAGUCGUCUUGGUACCAGGGAAUUGGAGAUUGGCUACACAGAGGCAGUAGAGCGCCAUGCCAACAGACAUGUCGUGGCACCCAAGCCAGUAUCGCAACGCAAACUAGACUUCGAGAAUGCAAGGCCAAGGUGGAUGCGAGAAAUGGCAGCGGAGGCUAUGGGAGUGUUUUUCUUCGUUUAUCCGGGAAUCGCAUCGUCUGCAUCAUUUUUUCUCAACCCUGGUGAUCCAGCGUUUGGAUCAAUUUUCCAAAUUGGCUGGGCCUUUGCUAUUGGUAUUGCAUUCGCUAUCAUAAUUUGUGGAAGUACUUCGGGAGGUCAUUUCAAUGCAGCAGUAACGAUCUCUUGUGCCUUCCCUUGGAAAAAGGUUCCUCAAUAUAUCUUCGCCCAAGUUUUCGGUUCUUUUAUGGCAGCCAUGCUGCUCGUCGGACAAUACUACCCACAAUUGACAGCACUUGCUGCAGAGUAUCGUGCUAAGGGCCUGAGUCUGAAUUCGCCAGGCGGACCAGGGAGUAUUCUCUGCUCAUUUCCUGGAGCGACCGAAUCACAUGGAUAUAUGUUCUUUAUUGAAUUCUUUGCCGAUGUCUUCGUAGGAAUUGUGAUUUGGGCUUGCCUCGACCCCAUGAACCCGUUCGUAUCUGCAGCUUCCGUACCAUGGGUUAUUGGAUUAGGCUAUGCGACGAUGAUUUGGGGUUUUGCAGAUGUGACGAUAGAGCUUAAUUCAUCUCGCGAUUUAGGAGCCCGUAUCGUUGCAGCCAUAUUCUUCGGAGGGGAUGCUUUCCCUGUCUAUUCAUUGAUACCCAUUUUCACAAGUAUACCUGCCAUGCUUUUUGGAACCGCAUUGUAUGAGAUGAUACAACGAGAUAGCUUUGGAGUUAUCGCUAAGGGCCAUAAUGUGCAUGAGAAAGGAGAAGAGGGCAUCAUGAAACAUUUAUCCAAGAACGGUGCGCUUAGUGAAAGUAACAACAGCUCGGGAAGGAGUACCGGUACAGACAGUGAAGAAUGGGAGAAUGGUAGAAAGAUUGAUUCUGCUGUAUGA